GUGUGGGUCAGAUCAGAUCUGAUCGUCGAAAUUCUCAUUCUUCAUUGAACAAUAAGCAGAGGAAAGAAAGGAAGGGAAAAUGGACGCCAUAGAUUCCGUCUUCGAUCCUUUGAGGGAGUUCGCCAAGGACAGCGUUCGCCUCGUCAAGAGGUGCCACAAGCCCGACCGCAAAGAAUUCACCAAGGUGGCCUUCCGUACGGCGAUCGGCUUCGUGGUGAUGGGAUUCGUAGGCUUUUUCGUCAAGCUCAUCUUCAUCCCCAUCAAUAACAUCAUCGUCGGAUCCGGUUAGGUGAGGUACUAUUCUUCCAAUAUUUGAAUUUUGAAUCCACAAUUGUUUCUUAAUCCUGAGAUUGUUAUCUUGUAAAUCUGAAACUUAAAUCAUGUUCUGUUGCCUGCCUGUUGAUUAAUUAGGGGAUGUUUGAUCUAAAGCUACAUUUUUUUUUUUAAUUGGAAAAUGAAUGAAACAAAAUGAAAUUC